AGUUGGUGUAGUUAAAACCUCCUCUUCUGCUCCAGGACUGGAGGCUCCAGAGCAGAGGCACCAGAAUCAAUUCCCAGCUCCCAGCCUAAGCAGCGCAGAGAGCACCCGGAGGCCCCAAGGGCCGUCGGGUGAGCAUUCAGUCUUUAGCCAUGGGGUCUGCAGCGUUGGAAAUUCUGGGUCUGGUGCUGUGUCUGGUAGGAUGGGUGGGCUUGAUCCUGGCGUGUGGGCUGCCCAUGUGGCAGGUGACUGCCUUCCUGGACCACAACAUCGUGACGGCGCAGACGACUUGGAAGGGGCUGUGGAUGUCGUGCGUGGUGCAGAGUACCGGGCACAUGCAGUGCAAGGUGUAUGAAUCUGUGCUGGCGCUGAGUGCGGAGGUGCAGGCAGCUCGGGCACUCACCGUGGGCGCUGUGCUGCUGGCGCUGGUGGCACUCUUUGUUACCUUGACCGGCGCUCAGUGCACCACCUGCGUGGCCCCGGGCCCAGUUAAGGCACGGGUAGCACUCACGGGAGGAGCGCUUUACGCGGUGUGCGGGCUGCUGGCACUCGUGCCGCUCUGCUGGUUCGCCAACAUCGUUGUCCGCGAGUUCUAUGAUCCGACGGUGCCGGUGUCACAGAAGUACGAGCUGGGCGCGGCGCUGUACAUCGGCUGGGCGGCCUCCGCACUGCUCAUGUGCGGUGGCGGCCUCGUGUGUUGCGGCGCCUGGGUCUGCACCGGGCGCCCUGAGUUCAGCUUCCCGGUCAAGUACUCUGCGCCGCGGCGGCCCACGGCCAAUGGCGAUUACGACAAGAAGAACUAUGUCUAAGGGCGGGAGGCAUGGCGGGGCUCUUCCCGCAGCUAAGCCCGCGAUGGGAAAGACCGAUGCGGGAAGCCGUGUGUGGAUGACGACCACCGCUGGGUUGCGCAGCGCAAGUCAUGCUGGGUUCGGGCCAGACUUGCCCGCUCUCAGAGUCCGUUGACCAUCACUAGCCGGGCCCUGCUCAGAACAGACUACAGGCACUUUUAAGAACUUGACCGACCUUUUCUUCUAUGCGCAGUUGGCCACGACGUGGGUGGAACGCUCAGAUUUCAUCGGUGAAGUAGGCACCAAACUGCCGCGAACAGUUCCUACUGAGAUCCUGGGGGCACUAGAUGCUGCCUUAAUGUCCAGUGGCACCUGCUAACCUGAAAGGGCAGCUGGAGAAACCCCGGGGCUGCCAGAGGGACGUGUUAAAAAGGGCAUUUUCUUUGUUAGUGGAGAAGAACCUACUGAACCAAAGGACUUAGCCUGGACCUGGUCUCACUCCAGCACUCCCCCAAGGUGGGGGCCCUGUAGGUACCAGAGCCUUAGAGGGGUUGCCUUCCUCCUGGAAGCUUGGGGCUUGGGGGGUGGGCCGGGCAAGAAUUUGCUCAGUAAAUGGUUUGAACACUUUCAA